UAUAUGUGACUAUAAGCUGAUUACUUAUAAGUCAAAGUCUUAAUAAAUUUAAAAACAAAGCUCUAUGGUAGAUAUCCUUUUCCGGUGCCUUGUCGCCAUAUAAUUUCUUUCUCCUGUCAGAAUCGAGUAUUGAGAAGCCUCAAAAUGCAGCUACACAUUAGAGGACAAUCAACGCACGUGCUAGAUGUCAGUGGAGAAGAAUCCAUUGGACAAAUUAAGGAUCGUCUUCGAGCUUUAGCUGAGGUUGGUGCUGAAGAGCUAACACUGUCAGCAUGUGGAGCUCCUCUUGAUGAUUCCUGCCUUGUAUCAGACUUGGAUUCUACAGAACUUGACCUUACAAUUCCACUUCUUGGUGGUAAAGUGCACGGUUCUUUGGCUCGUGCUGGCAAAGUAAAGGGUCAGACACCAAAAGUAGAAAAACAACAAAAAAAGAAGAAGAAGACUGGCCGUGCCAAGCGCAGAAUACAAUACAACAGAAGAUUCGUGAAUGUUGUUCAAACCUUCGGCCGCCGUCGUGGACCCAACUCCAACUCAUAGGUUUUAUUCUUUGUAAAUAAAAUGCAAAUAUAACAUCUUUGCGCCA